AUGAAUCGAUCAAUACUAAUCACUUUAGUAGUACUGGUGGCUCUUUUAUUUUUAACCCACAACGUGGUUCAAUCGGCACCUAGUGUUAACCGAGAAAGUGAAUCAAACGAAUUAUUUGAUACUCGCUCAGUCUGGGAUGAUGUUAAGAAGUGGGUCGAAGGUAUACUUAAAAAAGUAGGCCUUUCCAAACGCGAACAACUUGCAGUAAUGAAAAAGAUGUUCGACAAUGUUGAACGUAGAUCACAUGCUCAGGCAUCAGAAUCAUCAGAAGAAGCCGAUAGUUUAUCAUAA